AUGGCGCUCAGGGUCCAGAGACGGACGCAGCAAGAGGAGAGUAACGCAUUCGCCGUGCAAAGCAACAGUUUCGACGGGCAGAGCAAGGAGAUCGCCGUGCAGAACGACGGAGAGCAUGUCGCUGCGCAGCCGUUACCGUCUCGUGCCCGCGUUUCUCGGUCGCGCCGGCACCGUUCGCAUCGCUGCGCGUUGCCCCUCGCGUCCGUCGCGGGAGACGAGCAGUUUCAGAUCGACAUCAUCGAGAUGCAGACAGACGAAGGGGGUCUCCCGACUGCCGAGGGCGCAGCGCGCUCGCCGCCGUUCAGGAGCCCGUGGACGCCCUGA